GGGGUGAUGUUAUGUGGUUUUGGAGGCGGAGGGAAGGCACAGCGAGGUUGUGGAACUACUCUUACAACAUGGAGCAAAUCCUAAUGCUAGGACUAGUUCUGGUCGACCGGCACUACAGGAGGCCUGUAUGGGUGACGAUCCAGAGCCAGUCAGAGUAUUACUGAAAAACGGUGCUGAUGUGAAUGCAAGAAGCUAUAAUCAUGGCUGGACGCCAUUACACGAAGCUGCUCACCUUGGUCAUUUUGAAAUCCUCCAAAUCCUACUACAAUACAAACCCCUACUCGAUAUACCCGCGACACACGAACCCGAGGGAGCAACACCAUUAUACUUCGCUUUUCGAGACCAAAACAUCGACAUCGCCAAACGGCUCCUAGCAGAAGGCGCAGAUCCUAACGUCCCCAUAGUCGAAGACAUCACGCCUCUCCACUUAGCUGCCACAGCAGGCUGGAUAGAUGGUAUCAAUGCGCUGCUCGACAAAGGCGCUUUUAUUAAUCUCCGCGACGAGUUUCUUCGCGAAACUCCCCUACAUAAGGCGGCACGGAACCUAGAGAAAGUGGCGAUUAAGGUUCUAUGUGCACGUGGUGCUCACGAGGACUUGAAGAAUCUUGAUGGUCUGGAUUAUCGGGGUCUUUUGGAAUGCGCGGAACGGUACCCGGAUGAAUGGCAUGUUGGGGAUGAUAUGGGUACUUAUUGCACCUACUAUUAAUUUUGAAACUUCACUGAGUCCUAUGGUUGAGGUGCAUUCCAGGCUCGUCGCGGCUCUCCAGUUAUAUUUAUGAUUGUACCACUAUAUUGAAAGAGACCAUAAAUCAUUCCCACCCUUCAAUCCCCU